GCAGCGACUUUGGGUUUGAGGCUGCGCAGUGCAUGGCCUGCUGGGAUUCGAUUUGUCUACUGCUCUCCAUCUUUGGGGUCCCUUCGUUAAGUGUUGUUCAAAAUGGCUCUCCUCUCCGUUCGUCUCGCUGCCAAAGUGGCGAAGGCAUUGCCAAAUGUCGUCCCACAGGUCUCAAACAUUGCUGGGCCAGCAUCCCUGGUCGCUGCUAGGGCUCUCCAUGUUUCCUGCAGCAAGCGGGCAGCGGAGUUGUCUUCCAUCUUGGAGGAGAGGAUUAUGGGAUCAGCCCCCAAAGCCGACCUCGAGGAAACUGGACGUGUAUUGAGCAUUGGAGAUGGUAUUGCUCGUGUUUAUGGUCUGAAGAACAUUCAGGCUGAUGAGAUGGUGGAGUUCUCAUCUGGCCUUAAGGGUAUGGCUUUGAACUUGGAGCCCGACAAUGUUGGUAUUGUCGUAUUUGGUAAUGACAAACUUAUCAAGGAAGGAGACAUUGUUAAGCGUACUGGUGCCAUUGUCGACGUGCCUGUUGGUGAUGACCUACUUGGUCGCGUUGUUGAUGCUCUUGGUGAUGCCAUUGAUGGCAAGGGAACUAUCAAGGGCAAGGCUAGGUUCCGUGUUGGUACCAAGGCCCCUGGUAUCAUUCCCCGUGAGUCUGUCAGAGACCCCAUGCAGACUGGUAUCAAGGCUGUCGACUCUCUGGUGCCUAUUGGCCGUGGUCAGCGUGAGUUGAUCAUUGGUGAUCGUCAGACUGGCAAAACUGCUCUUGCCAUUGACACCAUCAUCAACCAGCAGCGAUUCAACGAUGGUGCUGAUGAAAAUAAGAAACUGUACUGUAUCUAUGUUGCUAUUGGUCAGAAGCGAUCCACUGUAGCCCAGAUUGUGAAGAGGUUGACUGAUGCUGGUGCCAUGAAGUACACUAUCAUUGUGGCUGCUACCGCUUCUGAUGCUGCUCCUCUGCAGUACCUGGCUCCUUACUCUGGCUGUGCCAUGGGUGAAUACUUCCGUGACAAUGGCAAGCAUGCCCUUAUCAUUUAUGAUGACUUGUCCAAGCAGGCCGUUGCCUACCGUCAGAUGUCUCUGUUGCUGCGACGACCUCCCGGUCGUGAGGCCUACCCUGGUGAUGUGUUCUACCUUCACUCACGUCUCCUCGAGCGUGCUGCCAAGAUGAGCAAGACCCUUGGUGGUGGCUCACUGACUGCCCUGCCUGUCAUUGAAACCCAGGCUGGUGAUGUGUCAGCUUACAUUCCAACCAAUGUAAUUUCUAUCACUGAUGGACAGAUCUUCUUGGAAACUGAGUUGUUCUACAAGGGUAUCCGACCUGCCAUCAACGUCGGUCUUUCAGUAUCCCGAGUAGGAUCAGCUGCUCAGACUCGUGCCAUGAAGCAAGUGGCUGGUUCCAUGAAGCUUGAGUUGGCCCAGUACCGUGAGGUUGCUGCCUUCGCCCAGUUCGGUUCUGAUCUGGAUGCUGCCACCCAGCAGCUCCUGAACAGAGGAGUUCGUCUUACUGAGCUUUUGAAGCAGGGACAGUAUGUGCCCAUGGCUAUUGAAGAGCAGGUUGCUGUUAUUUACUGUGGUGUCAGAGGCCACCUUGACAAGCUUGACCCUGCUAAGAUCACUGACUUCGAGAAGCAGUUCUUGGAACACAUUCUCACAUCACACAAAGAUGUCCUUAGCGUUAUUUCAACAGACGGUAAGAUCACUGACGAAACCGAUGCUAAGCUUAAGAAAAUUGUAACAGAUUUCCUCGCCAGUUUCAACGCAGCAAGUAAAUAAAUCAGCAUUAUCCUUGAACAUGUAGGAAAUUUUAUCAAUUAAAUGGCUUGGGAAGCUAUUUUGUAUUAAAGUACAACUUUUAAAGAAAUUUUUGACUUGUAAAGCAUUUCAGGGCUGACAUGGUACCCUUCUUAGCCUUGGAAUGUACCGUUUGGUAUGCACUUUGUACAGAUCUCCAUGCAACACGAUCUUUGUUUCCCAAGGAAAUAAAUUUGUGAUAAAUCUUAUCUCCUUGCUUUUAUUUCUGAGUUUCCCAAACAUUGUGGAGUUCUGUACCUAUUACUGCCAUAGCUUGUGUUACUGUCUUGUCCAGAUGCAUUCACCAAAGAUCUGGUUGGAUGAAUGUCUUAAUUUUCAAGUUUGAUAGUGUACAAGCUUGUUUUCAUAUUGAAAUACAAUCCUGGUAAAAACACUAA